GCAGUGGCGCAAAAGCUACGAAUACGCCGCAAAAGCUCGGGGGGGUGUGACAAAUUUUUACACCAUUUUUAAGGGUGUACAGGGUCAAGCAGCAGCUCAUGAUUGUGAAUCAUCAAAAUAAUCAAGAUAUUUUUUCUUGAAAAAUGGCAAAGUCAAAGCCCUCAAGAAACUUUCAGAGUUAUAUUGAGCUUGAUGAUGGUAUUGGGAAUGGGGUGACCCAUCCGCUGGAGGUGGCUCCGCCUCCGGAGCCGGUGCUCCUGCCGGGGGAGAGCGUGGUGGCCACCGCCGACGACGUGUGCCUCUACGUGCCCAUGUCGGAGCAGCGCCAGGCCCUGUUCGGCCGGCUGGUCGUCACCAACUUCAAACUGUCGUUUGUCACACUGCACGGAACCUCCGGUGGAACGGAGGAGCUGUGGCGGAACCGUCUGCUGGGAAAACACGACGUGUGCCUGAUGAACGUGGACGCCAUCUACCAGGUCUCCUCGAGCGGCAAGCGUAAGCUGCUGGCGCCGCGCUCCAACGUCUCCGGUCGCGUCAAGGAGCUGCAGAUCCGCUGCAAGGAUUUCCGCGUGCUGACGUUCAGUUUCCGGUGCUCGCGACUAGACGAGGACCGCGCCAUCACCAACGCCCUGCUGGUGCAUUGCUACCCCCGGCGAGCGCAGCUCAUGUUCCACUUUGACUACAAAGGUGAGAGCCCGGAGCCGGGCCCUGACGGCGGUGAGGGGCAGUGCUGCUCAGAAGCCAGCUGGACGGACAUGCUGACGCGGACCAGCUCCGUCGGAUGGAGAAUCUCGCACGUCAACCAGGCGUACCGCAUGUGUGAUAGCCUCCCGGAGGUCCUGGUCGUGCCGAACGGCAUCCUCGACUCUCAGCUGCUGGCCGUCAGCAGACACUACGUGGGCUGCCGGCCGCCCAUCUGGUGCUGGGGUAGUCCCGACGGAGGCGCCAUCGCACGCGCUGCCUACACACACGUCACGGGACGGACCAGUCAGGAAGCUCAGCUGGUAAUGGACUCGAUCAAGUCGUCCCACCCGACCUACAAGGACGCUGUUCAGAUGGACGUGGGCGCUCUCUGUCCCUCGAUUGACGAGGUGCAGGAGAGCUACGUCCGACUCCGAGAGAUCUGCUCACCAGAGAGUGUCCGGGCGCUGGGGGAGACGGACGGACGGUCCUUGGGUCUGUUAGGAGCCAGCCGCUGGCCGCUGGCCGUCUCACAGUGCCUCUCCGCCGCCGCGCAGUGUGUGCAGACGCUGACCGACCAGCAGACGGUGGUAGUGCUAACAGGACCGACGGGCCGAGAUCUGACGGCGGCGGUGGCCAGUCUGGCCCAGCUGCUGGUGGACGCCGAGUGCCGGACGCUGGCCGGUUUCCAGCGGCUCGUGCAGAGACAGUGGGUGGCGCUAGGUCACCCGUUCCAGGACCGACUGGGACUCAUUCACCGGGAUGGAGCCAAAAAGAGUCCCGUGUUUCUGUUGUUCCUGGACUGUGUGCACCAGCUGCUGGUUCAGUUCCCCGCCCGGUUCGAGUUCACCGAGACACUACUCGUCAGUUUGUGGGACUCUCUACAUGUGUCCGUCUUCGACACGUUCCUAUUCAACUCGGAGAAGGAGCGCGCCGACGCCUCGUCAGUCAAGGAGAACGACUACCCGCUGCGCCGACGGCCCGUGUGGAACUGGGCCGAGCAGUUCGACCCCGACUGGCGCAAACUGUUCACCAGCGCCGCCCACGAGGUGAAGCUGCAGCUGGGCCUGGUGCAGACGCCGCCGACGCCGGCCGGUCGCGGCCCGGUCGGACCCGGACUGGGUCUACUGGCGGCGGUGACCGGCGGCGGCAGCGGGCCGCCCAAGCCGCCGCCGCGCCGCGCCCGUCGCCGCGCCGACCAGCUGCGGCCGGUGACCUCCGUGGCGGCCGUGCGGCUGUGGACGCUCUGCUUCUGCCGCUGGGUGCCCACGCUGGAUGUGGGCGGCGGCGGCAGGCCGGCCGAGGAGGCCUGCCUCCGGCACCUGCUGGCCCAGCUGCGCACCCUCGAGGCGCAGGUCGAGUCGGCCCGGGACGGUGUGGGGGUGCGCCGUUCGGUGCGCGCGUCGGCAGCGCGCGGCUCGGUGGCGCCGGCGCCGCUGCCCGGCGCGUUCCACCCGUUCGCCGCGUGUCGGGCGCCCACGCCUCUCCUCAGCGUCACACCGGGCCUAGUGAACGCGCUGGUGAGGAACAGUAUCAUCACGGGCGAGGACGGCAGUCUGGCGGCGCACCGCGGCCGGCAGUACGGACUGUAGUGCCUGUAGUGCCCCGGCCUGCCCCGUGCCCACAAUCCCAGUGACUCGCCCGGUAGCCGGCAGGGGCUUAGUUGGAACCGCAGUAUGGUGCUACUCGGCAGAGAAGAAACUUUCGUACGUGAUUCCUGCUUGUUUGAAGUGUUUUAUCAGUAUGUGACGUUUAUCCCCACAGUGAACACUGCAUUGUUUGAUGCAAGCUGAUGCCUGUUUUGUAUCGAAGGCCAGAACAUUUCGUUCCUUAUGCUAUUGGUUGAUAUUGCAUAGAGCCUCAGGCGGUGCUGCUUUUGCUGUUGCUCUUUCGUUUCGCCGGAUUGCUAGGUAAGGAUAUGUUUGUGAUACUUUUCUACCUUUUUGCUUUGCUGCUGUAAAUGUGACUUCUUGUAUCCGCCGCUUGUCAGGAAGCAUUCAACUUUGUGUGCUCUUUAGGAACGAUUCAUGUUCUGUUUCCCUUUCCUAUCCAGUCUGACACCUGACGCGAGCUGCAGUGUGGGUAUCACACGGUUGUGCCUCCCAUACAGGAUAGCGGGAUGUCUCCAUUUGAUAUGCAACUACGUUGUUUAUAUUACCUGCAUGCGAUGGGCCCUCACGCAUGUUUCGCUAGUCCAGCCGCGUAUAUGCAUAAUAGUGCAAGUGUCCGCUUACGGGAGCAUGAGAGGAGGCGUGUUUUUAUAGCUGCGAUUGUGAGCCAAGAAAGCGGCGCGGCGGCCUGCGCCGAUUGUGAUAUUGUUAUCAAGCUCCUAUUGGAAUAGGCAGGAUGUAUGGCGCUGGACGCUUAUUGAAAAAUAUGAUCAUGUAUCGAAGUGCUGCGUAUUUAUAUCGCUUCUGUCUGACAUAUUUAAUAGACGUCUUGUACCAUUC